GAGUUGGAAGAUUUUCAGCGGAGUGAAACAACGAGAAAAGCAAACGGCGAGAGUCAACGUUAGAAACGUGGAUCGUUGGAAGGAAAAUACACUGGACGCGUAGCGGUAUAUGUCCUACUCUUUCUUUUUCGCUUUCUUUCGCUUCUUGUUGGCCUUGGCUCGAUCGUUUGCUCGUUUCUCCUCGUACGUGGGACCAAGCGCCAUUGGUAAUUGCAACUUUGGUCGUGACACUCGAACAGCCAUACAAGCUAUAGAAUAAUUUUCCGGAUGACAGUGUCCGAAAACUUUGAAUUUGCUCUUCUCCUUGUGUAAAUGUUCGUACGGUAUUUCAUAGAGCGUUUGGAAAUUUAACCUCCUGGCUGAAAGUAUCGGAUCGCGUUGACGCGUUAUCUGAAAGACGACGCGAACCGCUUGAUCGUCGUCGCGAAACGGCCGACGAAACGAAACGUACCGAUGGUCUGGGCAGCUCCGGAAGUGAAUUGUCCGGCGCAAGCGGUCGCGAGGUAACUCGCUCGAGCCAUGCAACAACGUACCAACGCGGUACCGAUGCCAUUAUUCUGAUGCUCGGGUUUUACACAGAGGAUGUCGAUCCAUACGAGUCCGUCCACGUUCAUUAUUUCGUGCGUCCGAGCCUUGGUAGUGACGUAGCCUUUCAACGUCAUUACCUGACGCAACGUCUCUCCUAGCUACAAACGGAAAACUAUUUAUCGCUACGUUUUCUACAAAAAAAAAAAAAAAAAAAAAAAAAGAACAUGGUAAAUCUAACAGCUAAACGAUAAAUUGGUAAAUGUUAAAUCUCUGUUUAAACCGAGAUCGAACCCAUCGGUCCUUUGGUAAGCUCGAACGACGAUAUUCGUAGGUUUGCUGAAACGCGAUGUUAAUUACGGUUAAUCGUUCAUCGACGAUUUCUACGCUUACUAAGACAUGUUUCACGAUGCUGUACAGUUCCUUCCUGAUGUACCAUUGAGAUUUUUCGAACAUCGAGGCGACGAGUACACCUACGAGAUCGUUGGUUCCCUCUUUAAUCGCACAGAAGCUAAUCAUACUUUCCAUAUGCUUGAACACCCCGUUCAUGAACAUUUUCAUGGAGACGGCGUCGUCGAACAAACCGACGGCCUUAAGCAGCGGUUCCGCUCGACAGAAAUAGGCCUGAAACACGCGUGAUUCUAAUCUGAUUCGCUCUAAUCCGAAGCAUUCGUCAUAUUCGUGCAAUUUCUUUGAAAUAUCGGUGUUUUAAGGUGCACAAGAGCAAAGGAAAUUAUUUCCAUUUGGAAUAACGAGCGUACGACAUAGCAUAGGGUGAUCGGUACGAUCGAGUAGACAUUUGCUUCGAAAUUUACGGAUAUCUUUUAAGCGUAAUAAACUGUACUUCGGGCGGCGAUGUACUAGUACAAAGUGGAGCGUUUGCAUGAAUCUGUUUAACCGAAGGUCGACGAUCCGAUAGCCCGCCGACAGUCUCUGCCACACCAUAGACGCGUCCGCCGUGUACGGAUCGUCCUUCUCCUGUAACUUUCUGAUCGCCAGGAUACGAAGAUUCAGCGAAAAGAAAUCGCUUUCCUUGAUCGAGCUGCGCCUGCGAGACUCGAUCGAAUUGUCUCUCGCGCUUUGUCUCUUGGCAAACAUAUUACGAUGAAACUGAAAGAAACUGUCCGAAGGAUAUCUCUGAUAAAGGAAUUUCAAUUGGAAAUUUUCAACCGUUUCGCACGCACGAAUUUCACCUAACGCUGCUUUCAAACUUCCCGACGAUUCUCGACUUUGAAGUUGUUCUCUUAUCGAAUCCUCGGCUCGACGCAUUCGUUCGUAGACACAUUCGGAAUUUCUAUAUUAACGCGUUACGCGAUCUUCGUUUCUUUUCUCUGCGAAAUGCGAGUUUAAGUUAACCGUAGUACGCUCGUCGUGUACCGAAUCUGCAGGAUAUCGGCUACCUAUGGAAAUGGACGUGAUCGAGGAAAAAGACGAAUUCGCGUUGGCAGUGGAGACUCGGAUGAAAGCUCCUCUCGAAUGGCACUCGUCGGCCGAAUGUAGAAUAUCGGACUUGAGGGAGUCGCAGUACGACGAAGCUCUGCGUCUGAUCAAACGCCACUUCUUUCGCGACGAGCCUAUGUGCAAGGCGUCCUCGUUGCUCCGAGAUGAAACGUCGGUGAACGGUUACCUGGAGCUCGUAAGAACGUGGAUGAAGGACACGACAAGCCUGAUCGCUACCAGUAUGAAAUCUGGGCGUGUGGUUGGAGCGGUUGUCGCGCGAAUUAACAGCGACCCUGAGAAAACCGACACUUACCAUCGUGUGCAGAUCCUGCAAGGAGAGAGUCUGCGCAAGAUCAUGCAUCUGCUGAAUACGUUGAUCAAGCAAACGAACGCGCACAAAACGUUCGGUCAGCAGGAGUAUUACUGCGUAUACGUUCUCUGUGUACAUCCGUCUUAUCGAGAAAAAGGCGUGGAGAUCGCGUUGCUGAACGCUUGCGUGCAAGUUGCGGUGUCUUUGAGAAUACGGGCGAUCGGUGGCCUUUUCACGUGCGGUGCCAGUCAAGCAUGGGCGCGCAGCGUGGGCUUCCAACUUCUUUCCGAGAUUCGUUACAGUUUAUGGAUUCUCGACGAUCGAAUCGUCUUCGACGAUCCAGGAAGGGGAAAUUACUCGGCCGCUAUGAUGGGCAAGUUGAUAGAGCCGGAAGAAGAAUCGGAGGAUUCGAAAGAAGGCGAGGUAUCGUCCGUCGAUACAACGUCGAAACAAAGAAACUCGCUUGGUUGCAAGUAGAAUUGUUAUCGUACUUGCUGGAGCAAAAUUCUAACGUAAAAGUAGACUCGUGUACGUAUAAACGAUUAAGAGUGGACGUUCAUUCGCAAAAGAAAAUCGUUGUUUCAAUGGAAAAAUGUAAAGGAGAUUAUUUCGUUUGUA